AUACGACGCAUUCCUCGCCGAUCCAGAACCGAGCGCGUUACCUCCCCGCGAGAUACGUUCUAUACGGAUUGGACCUAAGUAAUUGUCCAGUAGAGUGGCGUUGUGAAAGUUGCACGAUUUUGCCAUGGAAUCCGUGAAACGAGCCAACCAAAGACUUCGCAGCUAUCCAUUGUUGAUAGCCCAGUGCUCAGUUGCGGCCGCCGCCUAUGCUGCUUGUGUGACAACCGAUUUGAACGUAGCUCAUCGCACUUGUGAUAAAGAGUUUCACAACUUCAAAGAGUGCAUGCAAAAAGCCGCUAUCGAAAGAAAAACAAAAUUAUAA